GGGCCGCGCUGCUGCCUGGGCGCGGCGGCGGCGGCGGCGCCCUGUUGAAUGGGCUGUGAGGGCCCAGGUUUGAAGUGCUCGGCGAACGCGGCCUCCGGGGGCGCAAGGCAGCAGCCGCGGUGGCGACCAAACGGGUGUUGGAGUUGGCGGCGGCCAUGGAGGGCCUGGCUGGCUAUGUGUACAAGGCGGCCAGCGAGGGCAAGGUGCUGACUCUGGCCGCCCUGCUCCUCAACCGGUCUGAAAGCGACAUCCGCUAUCUGCUUGGCUAUGUGAGCCAGCAGGGAGGGCAGCGCUCCACGCCCCUCAUCAUCGCAGCCCGCAACGGGCACGCCAAGGUGGUGCGCUUGCUGUUGGAACAUUACCGGGUGCAGACCCAGCAGACCGGCACCGUCCGCUUCGACGGGUAUGUCAUCGAUGGCGCCACUGCUCUUUGGUGUGCCGCGGGAGCUGGACACUUUGAAGUUGUUAAGCUUCUAGUCAGCCACGGAGCCAAUGUGAACCAUACCACCGUCACUAACUCGACCCCACUACGGGCAGCGUGCUUUGACGGCAGACUGGAUAUUGUGAAAUACUUAGUUGAAAAUAACGCCAACAUCAGCAUUGCCAACAAGUAUGACAACACCUGCCUAAUGAUUGCAGCAUACAAGGGACACACUGAUGUGGUCAGAUACCUUUUAGAGCAACGUGCUGAUCCCAAUGCUAAAGCACACUGUGGAGCCACAGCACUGCACUUUGCGGCUGAAGCCGGGCACAUAGAUAUCGUGAAAGAGCUGAUAAAAUGGCGCGCCGCAAUUGUCGUGAACGGCCACGGGAUGACGCCCCUGAAGGUGGCUGCCGAGAGCUGUAAGGCUGAUGUUGUUGAACUGUUACUCUCUCAUGCUGAUUGUGACCGAAGAAGUCGCAUUGAAGCCUUGGAACUCCUGGGUGCCUCCUUUGCAAAUGACCGUGAGAACUAUGAUAUCAUGAAGACAUACCACUAUUUGUACUUAGCCAUGUUGGAGAGGUUUCAAGAUGGUGAUAACAUCCUUGAAAAAGAGGUUCUGCCACCAAUCCAUGCGUAUGGGAAUAGAACUGAAUGUAGAAAUCCUCAGGAACUGGAAGCCAUUCGGCAAGACAGAGAUGCUCUUCACAUGGAAGGCCUUAUAGUUCGGGAGCGGAUUUUAGGUGCUGACAACAUCGAUGUUUCCCACCCCAUCAUUUACAGGGGGGCUGUCUACGCGGACAACAUGGAAUUUGAACAGUGUAUCAAGUUGUGGCUGCAUGCCCUGCACCUCAGGCAGAAGGGUAACAGGAAUACUCACAAGGAUCUUCUUCGAUUCGCUCAAGUUUUCUCACAGAUGAUCCAUUUGAACGAAACUGUGAAGGCCCCGGACAUAGAAUGUGUUUUGAGAUGCAGUGUUUUGGAAAUAGAACAGAGUAUGAACAGAGUGAAAAAUGUUACAGAUGCUGAUGUACACAACGCCAUGGACAAUUACGAAUGUAAUCUCUAUACCUUUCUGUAUUUAGUGUGCAUCUCCACCAAAACACAGUGCAGCGAAGAAGAUCAGUGCAAAAUUAACAAGCAGAUCUACAACCUGAUCCACCUCGACCCCAGAACUCGGGAAGGUUUCACCUUGCUGCAUCUCGCGGUCAACUCCAACACGCCAGUGGACGAUUUCCAUACCAAUGACGUCUGCAGCUUUCCCAACGCGCUUGUCACCAAGCUGCUGCUGGACUGUGGUGCCGAAGUGAAUGCUGUGGACAACGAGGGCAACAGUGCGCUGCAUAUCAUUGUGCAGUACAACAGGCCCAUCAGUGACUUCCUGACCUUGCACUCGAUCAUCAUCAGCCUGGUUGAAGCUGGCGCUCACACUGACAUGACGAACAAACAGAAUAAGACUCCGCUCGACAAAAGCACAACUGGGGUCUCAGAAAUACUACUUAAAACUCAAAUGAAGAUGAGUCUCAAGUGCCUGGCUGCCCGAGCAGUUCGGGCUAAUGACAUUAACUACCAAGACCAGAUCCCCAGAACUCUUGAAGAGUUUGUUGGAUUUCAUUAAGUGACUGGAUAUGUAAAAUCGUUUAAUGUGGUGCUAAAAAGUAAAGGACUUUAAUCACAGACAAUAGAAUUAUGUGUUCAUAAAUUCUGCUUUUCUUUCCACUACCCUUCCUCCCAACCCAGCCUCCCUUAGUUCUGUAUUUGUUCCUGCCUGUUAUGGGAAUCGAUUUCAAACACACUUUAGACAAAGCCACACUGUUUAGGUGUAAUUAGAGUUUGAGGUAUUCGGACCGUUGAUCACCUAACAAUUUCUCCUUUUUUUUUCCUCUUUAAAGGAACGAAUAUGAAAUAUUUUGUUUAUAUAGUAGGGGACAUUUAUGAUUUCAAGUUGAUGAUGUUUAAACAGCUGCCUACAGCAGUGUUUCUGUUAAGCCCAUGUCAGUGUGUUUUCCACGCCGCAAUUUGGAGGAUUUCAUGAAGAAGAGGAACUACAAAGGAACGUGGAAAGUGGUGGGAUAUUCAGGUGUUCUGCCCAUGCCAAGCUGCUGCGGAUAGCUGUCACUCUUCAUUUCUUCUGCGGAGGGCUGCAACACACAUUAACAUCAGAGGAUUUAAAAAACAGCUGCAGAUGAAUCUGAAUGUGCUACUUCAAUAACAACACUUGCAAAUGUUUCAAGUUAAAUCCUUUGAAAUUGUUGCAUAAUUGUGGAUACUAUAGACAAAGUGGUAGUAAUCUUAAAACCAGUUUUUCAAAGAAUACUGAUGAACUCUUUGCCCUUAGGCGCUAAUUCUUCAAAGCCUGUUUUAAUGAAAUUUAUCUAAAUUGCAGCAGUCUGCAUUUGAUUCAUUUUAUGGAUGUGUAAAAAUUAUGAAUUCUGUGUUUUCUUAUGAAACAAAUUGUCACAAUAUAGUUACACAUUCUAUUUUUGUCCCCUUCUCCCUUCCCUCUUGUGUCGUUUCUUCCACAAAUUGGAAAACUACUUUUCCAGAGGGCAUUAUUUGUGCCUCCCUAAUAAGGUGUUUGUGACAGAUGAAAAAGAACCAGGAUAUUUUUGAACUUUUCCUUUCUUAGUCUGUGACAAGAAGUAGAAAAAUUACUGAUGUGGUCCAGGAAAUAAAAUGUUUUUGAGGAUGAAAAUAAUUCUCAAUUCCAGCUGAAAGGUAUUUUUUGUCAGAACUACAAAAUUUUCAGCCACACAAUGUUCCUUAUUCCGACAGCUCUACAGGAGUCUUUAUGCUUUUCUGUUUGGUUUGGUUUUAAUGGCAACAUUCUAACUGUCAGAUACUGAAAGUAUUCUGUGGUUAUCUUUUAAGCAUCACAGAAAUUCAAGUCAAGGAUACACAUCUCUUUCUAUUGAUAUUAAAAACGAUAAAGUAAAAUUAGCCGUAUCUGUAAUUUUCUCUCUAGUGCCAAACGAAUGCCUUUGCUACUCAUAGUGCAUGGUACUGUAAGUGAAGAUCUGCAGCUUUCUUUUUUCCUUAACAAAAAGCAUUAUAACGACGUGGCUACAUCAGAUACACACUUAGACAAACCCGUAAGGUUUCAAUCAACAUUUUAUGUGCGGACGUUGCUUUGUAAAAUACAAGAGAAAGGUUGCAGUUGGAGCAGUGUCAAACAAUGACCGAGCCAAAAUCAGCACCUAGGGCCUUAAAUAAAACAGAGAUACCCCACGAAAAGAGAUACUUUGAAGGGUGGGAGGAGAUGGAAAGGGAGGUUUAAACACUUUUUCCCUCCGGGAAGCAUGAGACUUCUGUUAACACUUUGACUGUCUUCUUUGCUUCAGUUAGGAAUGCUUUGAUGGUCGAUUCUGCCCUGUUGAUAGAUACGUGAUUUCCUAACAUGAGAUUUUAUAAAGAGGCUUUUUUAGGAUGGCUUAAAGGAAGGUGUUUGAGCCCUAAUUUGAGAAUUACCCAACCUUGAUCCUGCUAGUGUGAGUCAGGGAAAUCCUGUAGCCUGUUCUCGGCAGCUCUCAGCUCUCCGUGGCCUGAAGGAGAAAAUGCGCUUUUCCUUAAGGUGAGUGAAUCCUGCCUUUUCCAUGGCUCGGACCAGACCCUUUGUUCUUCACAGUGCAAGGCCUGCUUGUUGGACAGUCUGGGGAAUGGCUAUGAUACUUGGUAUUCAGUUGGCUCCAUUAUUGAUGUGUAUGAUUUUUAAACACUUGAAAUAUCAGAUAAUGUUGCAUGUUUUAAAAACACAUUUCAUCCCUUUGGCUACCCAGGACUAGCACUAUUUAAGACAUUAGUUACAAAAUAAAGAUACCGACUAUGUACAUAUUCAGACAUCAAAAUGUAAUGUCCCUCAGUGUUGUGGAAGAGGGAAGACUGUGCUGGAGAAGGUAAAACCGUGCUGAUUGGAAAGCUGACAAAGAUGGAGAAAGAAUCGAAGAGAGUGAAUGACAUAUGAACUGUGCUGAUGGUAACUAGAUUUUUUUUCAACUGUAGUAUAGUAGUACAUUGUGCGCUCUCUCGCUGGGGAUCUAAUUCUGUCUUGUAAAACCGAUGUGUUUUGUGAAACACCUGUAUAAAAGCAUUCUUGAAACAAGUGAUCUACAUGCCUGUUUUUUUAAAAAUUUUGGUAGAAUUAUUUAAAAGUAUGUUUAGCCAAAACCUUCCCAAACUUAGUAUUUUUUUGUUUGUUUGCUGUUUUAAAAGGAAAAUAGAUAUUUUAAAAGGAAAAUAGAUAAGAAAGGUUAUAGUUUUACACCUCAGCUCACUACAAACUCUAGGCUGACUCCACUGUGCAGCCACUGUUGUCUUUUGACUUCUAUUAUUGGUAGAAAUCUGCUUUGAACUGUAACUCUUCCUGGAGAGCAUUACAGAUUGGCUCAGAACUUCUCUGUCCUGAUACGUGAUUUCUUCUAUGUCCUACAGAUCUGGAUGAGCUGGAGGCCUGGGUGGAUGCUUUAUAUUGGCCAGCCCUGACUUAAGUGGGCUUCACACUUGCAGUAGAAUUGGUGAAAUUGAACUCUGGAGUUAAAAUGACUAACUCCAGGAGUGUGCAGCAAAUUCACCCCUUUCACUGAUGCAGAAGGGGGACAUUUUCACUAAGAACCGAUGCUGACAACCUGAGUUUAUUCGGUCUACCCUGCUCUAGUGGGGCCACAGCCCACCUACCUAAGGUUCAUUGCUGUGGGAACUUUUUAAUAGACUAGCUAAAAAGUGGAUUAUCUGUAGGCCUUUUUCCGGAGAAGGGUUUGUUUCACGUACUGAUAGUUAAUGGUGGCUAACAGUGAGCCUGUAGCGAGGUGUAAUAGCAUUGUUUGAUGUAAAAUCAGAUUUGAAGGCAGCAGCUCCCUCAUGCUGCCUGUUUGACGAGUGUUUUUGAAAAUCAACAUUUCCAGGGAGCAGCACCCUGUUAGGGUUCCUACCACAAUUGAGGCAGCUACUUUCUGAAUAAGACCACUCUGGGUAACUCAAUGAGAAGCAUUUUUGGGGGGGAUGGGAUGGGGUGCACAUUUGAGUUGCCAUAGCUUGGAUUAAGUACUAUUGGCUGGUUUAGAAGCGGCUGGCAGUUGAACCAGUGAGUAGGUGAAAGAAAGUGCAGUGGGCUUGUUUUCAUGGUCGAUUUUCUGUAAAAACCUUAACUGUUCCACUUCAGACUAGCCAGGCUUCUGCUUUCCUCACUGAUUCUACUCUAACUUUGAAAGGGGUUAAAGAAAGCAAAAGUCUGCCUUUCUCUCUGUGAGAAGUGUUUAGUCCAGGAGAUUGGAAGCUGUGUGUUCAUUGCUCCUCUGAAGACGCACAGCCAUGUCCUGGAUAGCUUCUCUCGAAAGGAGAAGGCGCCUCGCCGUGUCUGUCCCAUGGCAGGGCUCUCGCAGACUUGCCCAAAUCUCACGGGCUGGCUUGUACAGUUCCCCUCCCCUAAAUACAGGAUCUGACAUAAAUCCUUCAUUGAUAGUGGUGAUACAUUAGUUUUUAGAACUGUAAAAUAAAUGUGGUCUCUAGUCCUAGGUUUGUGGUGUGUCCUUUUGUGUUACUGUGUAGGGAAGGGGCAGUGACUUGGUGGCGAUGGGGCAUGUGUCUUGCUGUGUGUGCAGGGGCAAGCAUUGCUGAAGUACUAACAGCCUUUCAUUUAGGAGUGAGUCAUGGCAUGAGCGGCCUAACCAGAAAAAUGACGGAGUGAAGACACAAGCUUGCCGAGUUGGUGAUGUGAACCAGGUUCUGUAUCUGUUUUUUAUCAGGUGUUGUAAAAUUGUGCAUGGCCUUUUUUCUUGUUGCUUAAUAAUUGGGAGAGGAAAAAAACCCCUCCGCUUUCCUAACCAAUCUUCGCAGAGGCACAUCGUUGGGGAGUAAAGUCUGCCUGGCCUAACCUAUUGGAGAGAUCUGUCCUUGAAAAGCACCCUCCCUGUAGUCCUCCGUGUGGGGGAGUCGCCUUGUUGUAUUCUGUGCAUUAGAACAAACCAAUGAUGUCAUUCGAUUGUGUACUUUUGUCAAAUCAUUUAUGUGACUUUAAUAAAAUAGUGAACUUGCUGACUGCAUCAGAGGUCUAUUAGUGAUUUGUAUAUUGCAUGGCCUUUUUUUUUCCCCUAUUUGAGUUUGACAUGUCGAAUCACUCUUUUUAAUUUAGUGGCAACGGACAGUCCUAAUAGCUCAGCUAAUUUGAAACUAACAAACUUGCUGUACAAAAGGAAAAAUAUGGUGUUUGUG